GUGAGAUGCGGCGGAGGAUGAGAUGUGUGGAGGAGCUGCAGAGGAAGUGGGAGGCACAGUUCAUAGUAGCGGCUCAUAACUCAACUGCAGUCGUGCGUUGUAGUGGCAACUGGACUCUGACUGAGCAGCAUCUGAACUCACUCUUGAGUUGUGGUCCGUCCUCUUUGCGUUUUUUUUUCGCUUUUUUUUUUUUUACUUUUGUGCAUGAGCGUUGUUAGCGUCUCCAGCCUGCACUGAGAUCCAAGUUUCUCGGUUUAACUUCUCUGCUGCAAACAGGUUGCAAGAGGAGGAGGGGGAGAUUCCCUGCGCGUCUUCUGCUUCUUUUUUAAAAUCUCGGGUCAAGAUGAUGAUAAUAAUCGCGGAGUUCUUCGUGGUGAUUCUGAAAGUGCUCUGGGCUUUUGUCACCGCCGGGGCUAAGUGGGUUGUGCGGCCUAAGGAGAAGAGCGUGGCGGGACAGGUGUGCGUGAUCACCGGGGCUGGAAGCGGCCUCGGGCGGCUCUUCGCCAAGGAGUUCGCCCGGAGACGAGCAGUACUGGUGUUAUGGGACAUAAACAGCCAAAGCAACGAGGAAACGGCGGAGAUGGUGCGGCAGAUUUACCACGAACUGGACACUCCCAUAGCCAAAGACGGGCCUGUUGGAGGGGUGGAGGAGGUCCCACCUUUUCAGCCGCAGGUCUACACCUACGUGUGUGACGUUGGGAAACGGGAGAGUGUGUAUUCCACAGCUGAGAAGGUGCGCCGUGAGGUGGGAGAAGUGGACAUACUGAUCAACAACGCCGGCGUCGUCUCCGGCCAUCACCUCCUGGAGUGCCCCGAUGAGCUGAUCGAGCGCACCAUGGUGGUCAACUGCCACGCGCACUUCUGGACCACCAAGGCGUUUCUCCCCAAGAUGCUGGAGCUGAAUCAUGGUCACAUUGUGACGGUUGCCAGCUCUCUGGGUUUAUUCAGCACAGCUGGAGUGGAGGAUUACUGCGCCAGUAAGUUUGGUGCCAUUGGGUUCCACGAGUCACUGAGCCAUGAGCUGAAGGCCUCGGAGAAGGAUGGCAUCAACAUGACUCUGGUGUGCCCUUACCUGGUCGACACGGGAAUGUUCAAAGGCUGCAGGAUAAGGAAGGAGAUUGAGCCUUUUCUGCCUCCCUUGAAGCCAGAAUUCUGUGUUAAACAGGCCAUGAGGGCUAUCCUCACUGAUCAGCCCAUGAUCUGUACACCUCGCAUUGUCUAUAUGGUCAACUUCAUGAAAAGCAUCCUGCCGUUUGAGGCCAUUGUGUGCAUGUACCGGUUCCUAGGCGCCGACAAGUGCAUGUACCCCUUCUUAGCUCAAAGAAAGGAGGCCAUGAACAACAAUGAGGCAAAGAAUGGAAUCUAGGGGGCGCUGUUUGCAACACAAACAGGGGGCACAUGAGCGUGCAAGCAUGAGGAAACAACCACUGAGGAUGAAAAUGGGGAAGAAGGAAGGAAGGAAGAAAAGACUGACUCUAGACUGGUGCACUUGCAUUGAGCAAAUGCAAAGGUUUACCAUAUUGUUCCGCUGGAACAAAGAAAGCUGUGUACUACACAAAGGAUUUAUUUGACUUUGUUUUGUCUUUUUUAAAAAAGUUUGUUUAAAGAAACCAACAUCUAUAUACUAUGUCACUAGUUUUGAAAUCAUACAGAAAAGAUAUCCAAUAAUUAACUAUUUACGUAAUGUAGUCACCAGCCUUAUCUAGUGUCAUUGUGGAAAUAUACAGUAUGUUACUGUACAAACAGUAAAAAUCUUUUUUUUUUUCACUUUUUAUUUUAUUUUUGUAGACAUGCACUGUAAUUUCUGAUUUUUCUCUACACUGCCAGCAUUCUCUGUGUAGGAAGGUUCAACACAGCAAGUCAAACUACCCAGCAUCUCCCCACACAGAGGCUCUUUUUCAGUCCGUCAGGAAAUUGGUCUGCAGCGUACACAGCUCUGAAUAUAGCUUGUGCCAUUUAGAUGAAAUACAUUUUUAUUUCUCUAAUUUGUCUUUAUUUUCAAGAUCUGUGGUGUUUAUAUUGUAAAUUUAUCUGUUACCAAUAUUAUUUGUUUAAAAAAAAAUAACCCGACAAAGGCUGUAACUCCAGGCGAACCGCUGUCCCAACACUGAUGUGUGGUUGAGGGAAAUGUAUUAAGACACUAGCUUUCCAUUAUUCUUUCCAAAGUAACACUUUAACUCUCCUGUUCAUUGUCCAUCUUGUACAGUUAAAGUGAAAUGUAAAUGUUUAAAUGUUGUGAAUACCCCAGUAUCCCAAAAUGACUGUCUCUACCAUAUUUGAUUUAUGAAUAUUUUAUAUACAUUUGGGACAAGAGUUUUUGAUUUUCAAACACAUUCCAAUAGGCCUCAUUCCUUCAGUCACAGUGAUGAGCCUAAAUUCUCUACCUCUUAAUUUUUGCCAUUUUUUUUUUUGACAGUAUGACAUAAGCCUCUUUUUUUGUAAUUUUCUGAAGACUGCUCCAUAGCAGAGCAAAUGUGGUUCCAAUGUUUAGUGUCUCUACCUAACUUAAAUUAAUAAAGUGAUUUAGAUUAUUAAA